AUGUGCAAGAUUUGUGGACUCGAUGCUCACGGAGUUCAUUUUGGAGUUACCACUUGCAGAGCCUGCGCUGCAUUUUUCAGGAGAUUCGUUGUACUUAACCUAGAGUACGAUUGUCUGAAGGAUAAGAGCAAAUGCAGUCUGGAUAAGAUUCGGAGAAGCUCGUGCCGUCACUGCAGAUUCCAGAAGUGUAUCCGGAUGGGAAUGACAGCUGAUAAUGUACAAUGGAAUCGAGACGUCUACUCUACAGAUGGUAGAAAAAUUAAAUCCCCGGAGCUCAAAAAAGUCAAAUCUCCGGAGAUUAACUAUGAUGAUAAGAGCUAUCUAAAUAUCGUAUUGCCGAGCACAAGCCAACCGAUUGCAAAUCUAUAUUCGGUUAUUAAGACUCAGAAACUUGCAAUCUCGUGUGAGAGAGCAAUUCAAUUGGAUGCUCUCUUUUUUGAUAUCGAGGGAGUUGCCCAGAACAAAUUGAAAGUAACCCUACAAGAUUAUAAAACAUUUGCCCAGAGAUGUGUCGAAGAAGUGGCCAAACCGUUGAGUCAGUUGAAACUAUCAAUUGAAGAAGUCGCUUUUUUGAUCGUUAAUUUUGUUUUUCACAAUGAAGAAAAGAUAAUUGGAGAAUCCUUCGAUGUCUGUGAUGCAUUCCGUGACUCCAUCGCCAACGACCUCCAUGAAUAUUAUCGGAAAAAUAAUAUAAUCAAUUAUGCUUCAAGGAUCUCAAAGAUGAUGAAUACAAUUGCUGCAAUGAAGAAAAUCCAUUAUGAUGAUCUCGGUGGAACAUUCACGGCUAACGCGAGAAACUCUGUCAAAGAAGAAGUCGUUGAGGAGGAGGACGAAGAAUUUAUUAAAGUUGAUUGA